GCACUUGGCCUGCAGCGUAGUGAAACCUCAUCACGUCAGGCAAGACCGCAAUCCCAGCCACCUUCCCGGCAGGUAGGCGGGGGUCCUUCUUGAAAUACUCAGCAUAAGUCACCGCUGGCAUGCCUUGUUGCGAACAGUUGCUUCUUCCACCCUUGGCCACAGCCAUGAAGCAUCUUUUCUUCGUCAUAGGCCUCGCUCAUGCCAUUGGCCUUGCUCGUAAUCCAUAUCCCCUGACCGGGGGUGGCACAAAGCGCCUGACUUUCAAUGAGACCGUCGUGCGAAGGGCGAUUUCGCCGUCACAAAUAUCAGUGGAAUGGAUUUCCACAGCAGAAGAUGGGCAGUAUGUCUACCAAGACGAAGACGGUAGUCUGAAGAUCAACAAUAUUGUUACCAACCAAACGCAGACCCUCGUUGCAUCUGACCACGUCCCGCCGGAGGUGUACAGCUACCAAGUCAAGCCCGAUCUCUCGGCAGUCCUCUGGGAGACCAACCAUACUAAGAAAUACCGACAUUCAUCGCUAGCAGAUUACUACAUUCAAGACGUCCUGUCGUUGCAGCUUAGCCCUCUCGUUCCAGACCAGAACGGCGACAUUCAGUAUGCCCGAUGGAGCCCGGUGGGCGACACGAUCGCAUUUGUCCGGGGAAACAACCUGUUCACCUGGAUUGAUGGGGUCACUACAGCGAUCACCACGGACGGCGGGCCUGAUAUCUUCCAUGGUGUGUCGGACUGGGUUUACGAGGAGGAGAUCUUGGGGGACCGGUUCGCACUAUGGUUCUCUCCCGAUGGGGAGUAUCUCUCCUUCCUGAGUUUCAAUGAGACAGGCGUGCCGACCUACACGGUGCCAUACUACAUGGAUAACCAGGCGAUUGCGCCGCCGUAUCCAGUCGAGAUGCCGAUCCGAUACCCGAAAGUAUCGCAGACCAAUCCCACGGUGCAAUUGAACCUUCUCCGCGUGUCUGAGAACCGCGCUCUAACCGUCCCGAUCGAUCCUUUCGAGUCAGAUGAUUUGAUCAUCGGUGAAGUCUGCUGGCUCACUGAUACUCACACCACGCUAGCCGUCAAGUCAUUCAACCGCGUUCAGGAUCGUCAGGCAGUUGUGGCGGUUGACACUGCUUCAGGGCUGGCGAAAACCAUCCACGAGCGCGACGGCACCGAUGGAUGGAUAGACAACACUCUUUCGAUGAACUAUAUCGGAGCGAUCGACGACAGCUCCUCUUUAUACUACCUCGAUAUCUCCGACCGGUCGGGAUGGUCCCAUCUGUGGCUCUUCCCUCUGUCGGGUGGCGAGCCGACCGCUCUCACUAGCGGCGAAUGGGAGGUGACCUCCAUUCUUAGUAUCGACAGAGCCAGACAGCUCAUCUACUACCUCUCCACCCAACGGCACAGUACUGAGAGGCAUCUUUACUCAGUGUCCUACCGCACAUUCGAAAUCACACCUCUCGAUGAUGACUCCGUGCCCGCGUACUGGUCUGCGUCGUUCUCCGCGCAUUCGGGAUACUACAUCCUCACCUACAGCGGCCCCGAUGUUCCGUACCAGGAGCUCUACUCCGUCGACCAGAGCGAUCCUCUGCGCACAAUCAACGACAACGCUAAGACUGUUACUCAACUCCAGGACUAUGCGCUCCCCAACAUCAGCUACUUCGAACUACCCCUCCCCCAUAGCCCCACAAACGAAACCCUCAAUGUCAUGCGACGACUGCCGGUGAAUUUUGAUCCGACCAAGAAAUACCCCAUCCUGUUCACCCCCUACGGCGGCCCCGGCGCGCAGCAGGUCAGCAAAACAUGGCACUCGAAUACAUCACUUGGGACCGUCGACAACCGGGGGACGGGUUACAAGGGGCGUGCAUUCCGCACACAGGUCUCCAAGCGCUUGGGACUUCUGGAAGCGGCGGACCAGAUCUACGCCGCCCAGCAGGCCGCCGCGCUGCCCUACGUUGACGAGAACCACAUCGCGAUCUGGGGGUGGAGUUUCGGCGGCUACCUGACGGCCAAGGUCAUCGAACAGGAUGAAGACGGCGAUGGCAUCUUCUCGCUGGGACUGAUCACGGCGCCGGUGGCGGACUGGCGGUUCUACGACUCGAUGUACACGGAGCGAUACAUGAAGAUGCUGGCGGAGAACGCGGAGGGCUAUGCGGCCAGCGCGGUGCGGCGGACGGCCGGGUUCCGGAGCGCCCGCGGCGGGGUCCUCAUCCAGCACGGCACGGGGGACGACAACGUGCACUUUCAGAAUUCGGCGGCCCUGGUGGAUCUGUUGGUCGGCGAUGGAGUGUCCCCGGAGAAGGUGCAGGUGCAGUGGUUCACGGACUCGGACCAUAAUAUUAAUUAUCAUGGGGGGAAUGUGUUCUUGUAUAAGCAGUUGGCAGGGCGGCUGUUUGCUGAGAAGAUGCGGGGGGAGGAGGGGGUGAGGCAUGGUUGGAGUCGGAGGGGGGUAGCGGUUUAG